CAUUAAUCGCUGCACUCUCUAUCGCCUCAUAUACAACCGCUUUGCACGACUCAGUGUCAAUCGACGCGGUGUGCUUCCCUUCACAAGCUUUCUGCACACCUAUCUGGGCAGCCUGACCCAUGGGCUCAGCUGUUCGGCCGUGAGAGACAGCGGGCGCAUUCGCUCGCUCUGGACGAGCCGCUACGAACGUCGACAACGCUAGUAAAACUCCGAGGCCAAGCGUGAAGAGAAACUUCAACUUUCACAACGACCACUGGGACGACUUACUUGCUACAAGGUACAUCCUGCGCGAAUAUAAUGGCUUCGGCUCUGAGGCGACCAGUCAGCCUCGCACUGCGGGUGCUCCCCCGUUGGAUGUCAUGGCUGGUGGUCGCUUGCGCUGUGGCAGCGAAAGCGGCCCGAUAUUUCGAUUUGGUGCUCGACCCCGAGUCUCGGUUCCGGCUUUACUGGACGGUCGACUACGAAGCCGAAUCGCUGACAGCGGAGCUCAAGCUUGACCUGCCCUCCGACGACUGGUUCACCAUCGGCUUCUCUGAUCGUGGAGACAUCACUCUCGCAGACGUCUGCGUGCUCUGGGCAGAUCCUCAUGGACGGCCACACCUGGAGGAUGGCUGGACGGACGACGCUGGCUAUGUCACUGUCGAUGAGCAGAAUGACUGCAUAUUGGGCAGCCUCAAACGCAAGGGUUCCACACUGAGGUUUCUGUUUACUCGAAAGUUCGACACCUGCGACAGCCACGACUACGUCAUCGAGGAUGGCACAGUGCACCUGGUCUAUGCGACGGGCAAAGGACCGCUGCGUCGCCUGGAGGGUCUGCGGCUCACUCGAACGCAGCACGGCUUUCAGAGGGCCCAGCUCCUGAAAGUCAUGGAAGACCCGCCGCCAUUUCCAUCCGACACCAAGUUUGCGAAUUUCCUCAAUGACAAGGUAAAAGUUCCAGACCAAGAAACGACGUACUGGUGCCGGCUCCUCAAGCUUCCAAGUGACUUCAGCUAUAAGAAGCACAUCGUGAGGUACGAAGCCAACAUUCAAAAGGGAAGCGAGGCGCUGGUCCACCACAUGGAGCUGUUCCACUGCGAGGCACCGGUUGACGAGGUAUUGCCCUCGUGGAACGGGCCUUGCAACAGCCCCAAGAGGCCUCAGCCACUGGACCGCUGUAAAAGGGUCAUAGCCGCCUGGGCCAUGGGGGCUCCGCCACUGGCGUAUCCUGAGGAGGCCGGCCUUUCCGCCGGUGGGAGCGACUACUCGCCGUACGUCAUGCUCGAGGUUCACUACAACAACCCGGCGUUACACCCUGACUACGUGGACAGUUCGGGCAUCACAAUCUACUACACGGGAGAACUUCGCCCAUACGACGUGGGAAUCUUGGAGAUCGGGCUCGAGUACACAGACAAGAUGGCCAUCCCUCCGCGGCAGCCGGGAUUUCACCUAAACGGAUACUGCAUCUCGGAGUGCACACGUGUGGCUUUGCCCACCGCUGGAAUCACCCUGGUCGCCGCUCAGCUGCACACCCACCUAACCGGAGAACGGAUAAGGGUCCGCCAUGUUCGCGGAGGCGCCGAGCUGCCCGAGAUGGCUCGCGACGACCACUUCAGCACCCACUUCCAGGAGAUAAGGCUUCUCAAGAGGAGGCUACAGCUCAUGCCGGGUGACGCUUUGGUGAUCAACUGCACCUACAACACGCUUGAAAGAACAAAUGUUACACUGGGCGGCUUCGGCAUUCGUGAGGAAAUGUGUGUGUCGUACAUUCAUUACUUUCCCAAGACGGACUUGGAAGUCUGUAAAAGCUCCAUAGAGACCAGCUUCCUCCAGGCAUACUUCAAGUAUAUGAAAAUCUACCAUGAUGCACCCACGAGUGACGAGAAGGGCAUCAGCGACAACUACAAGUCAAUCCCAUGGACUCGCCACAACGUGCUUCUGCUGGACCGACUCUAUGAGACGAUGCCACUCUCGAUGCAGUGCAACAAGUCGUCGGGGGACAGGUUUCCCGGCAACUGGGAAGGAAUGCCGGUGACCGAUUUCCUGUACCCACUGCCGCCACCAACCAGGAACUGCCCAGAGGUUGAAGGGCUGCCACAGCCCGGCCAAGAGUAGGGGGUUGCACACACCUUGUCGCCAGGACCAGUGGCCGCAGCUGCGCAAGUCAACGAAGGAUAUCAGCGAAACCGCUUGUGCCACCGCCACUGUGGGCUUGGCUCACGCUAUGAGCGUCGAUAAACGGUGUCUCACGAAGACAUCUUGCACCUAUAUGUUCGAGCGACAGAAGGGUAGACUGUGGCUCCACACCAUCGCGCAACUCAAGAUGUACAGACGUUCUCGGAACACAGCACACGCAAACAGCGCGACCUGCACGUGUCUAUAACUGUCGGUUCAGUUCGAAUGGCGCCAACCGCCCUUGCUCAUAGGAUGCGUAUUCUGAAAUACCAAGGUUUCCAUCCUAGAAACUAAGUGCGCGUCGCGCACUGCACGAGUAUAUAACUGUCACCCGCAGUCAAGCAGCAUCUGCAGCAACAUAUGCAUUUCAUUCAUUGCAAUAAAAGAAGGUGAAUAUUGUUGCGUGCCUGUCUACGAGGCGUUUUUUUUAAUGUACUUGCUCAUGUUCUACUCAUUAGAAAAAUCAUAACACGGUUAAUAUGUGAUUACAUUCAUUGUAGUGAGCAGACCAGCCGUGAACCGGCGCUAAUAACGCUGCCAAUAGGCUAUAUAUGUGCAUAGUCACCUGCCCCUGUUUUAAAGUCCUUAAAUUCCCAAGGUCUUAUUUUAUAUUUAUAUUUGGCACAAUAUGGGAAGGUAGGUUACGUUAGAGCCGGCUAUCCCAACACCAUGACAGUAAUGUACACAAUAACACACAAAGUUCUGAUUUUUCAAGGAUGAAUCUCAGCUACCACUCCUUCGCUCAAAGGAAGACAUCCUAGAAAACACGAAAUUUGCAGUUGGGAUAUGUGCUGAUUUAUCUAUGGCAUCUGAAUGUUUGAUAAAGAGCUCAUAAUGAAUAAACUUGAAUUUCACGGAA